AAUAACUAAUACUUAAGACUGUGCAACCGGCUGGAGGAAUCUUUAAGCCUUGGAGCCGAACACUAACCGCUGAAACCAUACUACGUGGAAGAGCUGCCAUUGGCUCCCUUGAUCGCUCCUUGGUGCACAGAGACAUUUUGCAGUAGUAAAUAUAGAAAGAGAAAGGAUCGUGGAUAAAACAAAUCACAGCAAACAGAUUGAAUGCGCACUGCUAGAGACUCAAAUCCAGUGCCAAAAGGGUUCAACUUGAGCAAUUCCUUUGUGGCCGAAGAGGUCCUUGUGACAUAGGAGCUGGAAGAUUUGCAUGUGGCAGAAAAUGGCCAGAGCAUGUCCCACCAUGAUAAUGUCAGCACUUACUCAGAGCCUGGCAAUGACUGGAUUAAGACACGUCAUGUUAAUGUUCUUGUGGAUACAGCUGAUUAAAAGUGAUCACAUCCAAGCCCCAAAGGAGUUUCGAAUUUGGGUCUCGGACCUUGGAAAAGUUGAUCUGUCUUGGAGGCCCAGUGGAGAGCCUAUUGCUGCAAAUAGAUCUAUAAAAUACCAAGUGACGAUAAAGACUCCUGAUACAAAAGAGGAAGAGUUCCGUACAUUACAUACAAAUUCAACACGCCUGAUUGCUCUGCACAGAGGUCUCCAUGCAACUGUGAAAACCCUGCUGAUGGAAGGUGACGAGUAUGUGUCCCAAAGUGAGCAGGUGCAGCAGGAGCUUCCUCCAUUUUCAGGAGCCAAAGGGACAGCAGUCACCAAUCUAACCUGUCACAUAAAGACUGAUGAAUUUUUAAAAACAUCACUUACCUGUAGCUGGACUGCGGGUAUCAAUGCACCUGCAGACACUCAGUAUUACCUUUACUACAGAUACAAGAACACAACAGAGAAGUGUUAUAAAAAUUCCCAGGGUGAGAUUUCUACCGGCUGCCAGUUUCCUUUUGAAGAAAUCAGCAAAAAUAAGCAUUCUGGUAGAUUUCUUGUGCACGUCAACGGGUCCAGCAAGAGCCUCAAAAUUCAAAGCCUCCAACAUGUGUACAUGGCAGAACACCUAGAAAUAAUCAAUCCUCCCCGUAACAUGUCUUUAUCUGAGAGGGAAGACAUCCAGAUCCUCAGUUGGGACAAACCAUAUGCUUUGUGUCCAGAUUGCUUGGAAUAUGAAGUGAUCAUUUGGAACCUGAAGGACGGCAGCAACAAGACACAGCCAGUUCAGGAAACGAAGUUAGAAAAUAAGCCACCGCAGCCCUCAUGGAAUAACCACGUGAUAAAGGUGAGAGCCAAAACAACAUUCACAGAAAAGGAGCUGUAUAGUAACUGGACAGAGCCUUUGCAUGUAGUAAAUACUGUUCAGGACCAGAUAAAUAAAUAUAUAAUAGCUGGAUGUCUUUGUCUGACUGGAACAGGACUGGUUCUUAUAUUUCUCUGUCUUAGAUUUCAGCUUUUCAGGAAGAUGUUUCCUCCAAUACCAAAACCCAAAGAGGCACUAAAAGAGCUGUUCCUAACCCCACAGAAAAUGGACAUGUUGAGCACUCGUCAUGUGAAUGGACGCGAAGUCAUUUGUUUCAUUGAGGAGAUGAGAGACUUGGAGAAUUUAGACAAGUGAAACUUAAAUUAUGUCCCAUCAGGAAUCAAACUUUAACAUUUUUUACAUACUUGACGACUGACCAAAACUGUGAGGCCGGUCUGUCUCCACCUGUCAGACUAUGGGGCACUGAGUUGCUUUUACUUAUUUUUACAUUUUUGCUGCUGUAUUUAUGCCAGCGAAACCAAACGUAGAACUGGGCAUUGCCAUUAGUACCGUUAUUGUUGUCCAGAGACACUUUUUUUUAAUGAUUGUAUAUAAUUUGCAAAUGCAAUAGAUUCAUUUUUCCUUUUCAUGGACUGUAUCUUUUUUUUUGCCUUAAAGAACUAAUCACAAUGAUUGUAGGCUUGUGUGAAGGACAUCUUUACCAGGAAGUAAAAUUUUUUCAGCUGAUGCAAAAGCCCUGUAAGAUUACGUUACAUCAAUUUUAUAAAUGAUUGUAUAUCUUGGUUCGUUUUUCUUCUGUGAACCACAAAGACACAUGGAUGGUGUCUUUCUAUUUUCCUCUAAAGGACUUAUCUCAGUGCCUAUAGACUCAUGUGAUGCAACCCUACGUUCUUUGGAUUGAUUUGCCCUAUAUCGUUAUUUUAUGCCUUCUAAGCAGAAGAUGCUGCCAUGCAGCCAGCGGGCUUCAUGUUUAUCAUGUCCAUUCUACAAGCCCAGAGAUCACCAACAUGUUAACUGUUGCUGAGUGUUAACCUCUCAUCUACAUAUAAUAUAUUAUGUUGCAAGAAACGAAAAUCGUCUGGGAUCAAGAGUGUCCACUCAUGAAGCAUCAUUUACCCACAAAGUAAACCCAAGUAUGAAAUGAUAUCAGCUCAUCUCAUCUAAACUGGAAAACUGGGCAGCAAACUGGAAAAUGAGGUUCAAUGUUGAUAAAUGCAAGGUUAUGCACUUUGGCAAAAAUAAUAUAAAUGCAAGU